CGACCCACAAGCCUGAGGACAAAAUCGCCCAGCUCGGAAGCCCCGGCCCCCGGGGGCGGGCGAUGGAUAUGAGGGUGGCGCCACGCCCGCAGCCGCAGCCGCAGGCCGCACCAGCCACCCGCACCAGCGCCGCGCCGCACCGCACCGCCCGAACGGCUAUAAUUAGGCGGCUCCAAACGAGGCGCCCCUCUCGCUCCUGCGCCGGCGACCCCGCGGAUCCCCCUCCCCCCACUCACUAAUCACCGCCGCGUGCAGGCCCGCCUCCCCCGCUGCCACGCGAGCGACGGAUAGCCGCGAGGGCCGGAGCUGGGAGAGCGCCGGCCGCCGGAGUCCCGCCCCGCCCCGGCGGGCGAUCGCCGGCGCGGGCGCCACCCACCCGCUCCCCGGGCUCGAUCGGCGCGCCAUUGGGGCCGCUGCUCCCGCGCGGCGGGUCCUUCCCGGGGGGGAUUUUGCCGUUCCCGUCGCUCCCCGGCCGCCCGGCGUCUCGGUCGGAUUCGUUCGCUCCGGCGCGGGGGGGGCUUCCUCCUGGCGUGUGGGGGCGCCGCGAUGCCGGAGGCGGGGCACUACGGGUACAAGAAGACCGACGGCAUCUGCGACGGCGUGUGCGGCGAGCCUGUGUCAAAGGCAGCUCUGACCAUGUCAAGACUAAAGUGUGCGCUACGGGGAUUUGAUCUCAGGGCACUUAUGGCCCUCUUGAUUGGUGUGCCAAUCCUAAUCUUAAUGAUAUAUGCGCAUGGUCAGAAGGUCACAUACUUCCUCCGCCCAAUCUGGGAAUCUCCUCCCAAGCCCUUCAAGACAAUCCCUCAUUACUACCAUGAGAAUGUCACCAUGGAGAAUCUCUGCGAGUUGCACGGGUGGAAAGUCCGGGAUACCCCUCGCCGUGUAUUUGAUGCUGUACUCUUCAGCAAUGAGCUUGAUAUCCUUGAGAUCCGCUGGAAUGAGCUUAGUCCCUAUGUGUCAGAGUUUGUGCUUCUUGAGUCCAACUCAACAUUCACUGGCAUGAAAAAGCCCCUCCACUUCAAGGAAAACCGUCAUCGAUUUGGGUUUGCUGAAUCACGGCUGACAUAUGGUAUGAUUGGGGGAAGGUUCGUGAGGGGGGAGAACCCAUUUGUUGAGGAGUCAUAUCAGAGGGUUGCCCUGGACCAGCUUAUUAAGAUUGCAAAAAUAGAAGAUGAUGACCUGCUGAUCAUGUCAGAUGUUGAUGAAAUCCCAAGCGGUCACACAAUAGACCUCUUGAGGUGGUGCGAUGACAUUCCAGAUAUACUUCAUCUUCAGCUCAGGAAUUAUCUUUACUCGUUUGAGUUUUUCCUGGAUGACAAGAGCUGGAGGGCAUCAAUACACAGGUACCGAUCUGGAAAGACGAGGUAUGCACACUUCCGGCAGACAGAUGAGCUUCUUGCUGAUUCAGGGUGGCAUUGCAGCUUUUGCUUCCGCUACAUAAGCGAUUUUGCUUUCAAAAUGCAAGCUUAUAGUCAUGUGGACCGGAUCAGGUUCAAGUACUUCCUGAACCCUGAUAGGAUUCAAGAUGUCAUCUGCAGAGGGGCAGAUCUUUUUGACAUGCUUCCAGAAGAGUACACAUUCCAGGAAAUCAUCGCCAAGUUGGGGCCGAUCCCAAGCACAUAUUCUGCUGUUCAUCUUCCUAGUUAUCUGCUAAAGAAUGUCGAGCGCUUUAGAUACCUUCUACCGGGCAACUGCAGGAGAGAAAGUGGCUAAUUUUGUGGUUCACCCUGCAAUCUGCUGUGUAUGGGUGCCACUGCACAUCUGUUGUCUUCGUCGAGGCCCGGAUGGCUUUGGCAGUUGCAUCUGGUACGAUUGGCUAACAUAGUUGGACAAUUGCUUGGGGGAAGUGGUCUGUGGAUGAAGAGGAAGCCGCUGACUUUGUGCUCUGUAAUCAGACAUGGGAAGAGGAUCUAGCAGCAUAGUGCAUGCUCAGUGUGUGUGUACAACCAGGUGUCCUUGUCAUCCAUUACUUCCCUGAUUGAUAUAUGAACUCAAAAGGGCUGUUGUAGAUUUUGCAAAACCAAGUGAUAUCCCAGAACUACAUGCCUGUAGAAAACUGGUCUUACUCUGCAUACAAUUUACAUACGCAUCUGGUCCUAUUCUCGCGCUGCUAUUGCGCUGCCUUUUGUCGAUGGGUGUUGCUAAAUUUCUGGAUUCCUUGUACAAAACUCUUGGCUUCCAGAAUAUUACCGCAUUAAGUUUCUUAUUUCUGAUCA